AAUAGCCAAUAAUAUUACACUGUUGAAGCCUCCAACAAAAGCUCUUGCUUACCAAUCUUUAAAUAUGAGCAUUUACAGAACUACUCUGACAGUCUCCCCGUCAAAGUUAAAAGCCACCCACUAUCACAUUUUGCAAAGCCGAGCCAAUACCCAAUGUCACACUGCAAAAUUUAAAGGCCCAUUUCUCUCUUUUUCCUGUCGUCUCCAUUUGUCCCGCUUCGGACUAUUUCUGAUUCUCCUACUCAAAGUUUCCGGUCUUUUCAUCCUCUUCUUUCUUCUCUCUUCACUUCACUUCCAUCCUCCUUAUCUUGUUUCUUUAAUCUUCAAUCCACCGUCCACAUCAAAUUCUUUUGAGAAGUUUACCAAAUGGGUGAUCUCGUUGGUUUUUCUCUGCCUUCUCUGCUUCUGAUGCUGCUUACAUUGAUGAGUUUAUGCUUGAUAAGUGUAGAAUCAAAGACUUAUUGGCAAGAUGUUGAGGUUUUGAAAGAGCUUAAAAAUGGGCUUGACCCAACUUCUGUCACCCCUGGCUCCUGCUUGAGCUCUUGGGACUUCUCUGUUGACCCUUGCGAUAACUUGUUCAGUGAGCGGUUCACCUGUGGGUUCAGGUGCGACCUUCUUGUCUCCGGCACUAGUCGAGUCACCGAACUCAGUCUUGAUCAGGCUGGUUACUCCGGCUCGCUUGUUAACUUUUCUUGGAACCUCCCUUAUUUGCAGAUUAUGGACCUGUCUAGUAAUAAUUUCUAUGGCCAAAUUCCCGAGUCCUUCUCCAAUCUCACUCGUUUGAGUCGACUCAGCCUUUCAAGAAACUGGUUUUCUGGCCAGAUACCUGUGUCGCUUGGCUCACUCCCUAACCUCGAGGAGCUAUACCUCGAUAACAACAUUCUUCAAGGCACGAUUCCUGCAAGUUUCAAUGGUUUGAUUAGCUUAAGAAGGCUGGAAAUUCAGUCGAACAAGCUGAAUGGUGAGUUUCCCGAGUUGGGUUCUCUGAAAAACCUCUACUUUUUAGAUGCUAGUGACAAUGCCAUAUCCGGUAAAGUCCCAGCUACACUUUCACCAUCUCUGGUUCAAAUCUCCAUGAGAAACAAUAGCUUGGAAGGAAGCAUCCCGGAAAGUUUCAAAAACUUGGGUUAUUUACAAGUACUGGAUCUGAGUCGCAAUAAACUCAGCGGCUCCGCCCCUUCCCUUCUCUUUAACCACCCAUCUCUUCAACAGCUCACUCUCUCAUUCAAUUACUUCACAGCCAUACAAUCACCAGCACCUAUUGCUACUUCGACGGCCAUUCAGAGUGAACUGAUAGCCAUCGAUUUAAGCAACAACCAACUUCAAGGACUUUUACCCACGUUUCUGGCCUUGAUGCCAAAGCUAUCAGCAUUGUCACUAGAGAACAACAAAUUGACAGGGAUGAUACCAACCCAAUUCGGCAUUAAAACAGCCGAGCAGGGGACCGAAUUCUUGCCGUUUGCGAGGCUAUUGCUGGGAGGAAACUACUUGUUUGGGCCGAUCCCGGUGGCGUUAAUGGAGCUGAAAGCAGGGUCAGCGGACGUGAGACUAAACGACAACUGCUUGUUCCGAUGUCCGGUGACGUUAUUUUUCUGUCAGGGUGGUGAUCAGAAAUCGCUAAUGGCGUGUAAAAGCUUUAGCCCUUUCAUUCCCUAAACAAAUCCAUGUAAUUACUGUAGUUUUUGUCAAUAAUAUGUACGUGGAUUAAUUAAUUAAAAACAAGUUUAAUAAUAAUGAGGAGGAAGACGUACGAGAGAGAAAGGUGAUGAUCAAGAUCAAACCCUAGAUUUUUUCGGCCAUCCUCUGACACAACAAUGUUGGUGUCCACGUGAAUUUAUGGGAGGUGGGGUAGACGCGCAAGAAGUGGUCUCGUAGAGCGUAGCUGCUGUGCUGGGUGCUUGUGGUCCACUAUGCACUCGAUUUGUUUUUGGGGCCGAGUAUGUAUACGAAUCUAUUCACGUGGUCUUUUUUUUCUGCAUUA